ACACGCCUGUGUUCGGCAGUGGCGCGGUUAUUUGCCGCAGGUUCACGCUAUCUUUAAAUUAGGACAUGGAUUGCGGUUCUGUGACCGGUUCGCUUGCGCGGAGAGACUGACCGGGGAACUGCCUAAGAUGAGAUAAAAGCCGGUGGAUCAGGCUGCUUUCUGUUUGUCCCACGAAGACAUAUCGACUGUGCUGCAAUAUCAGGGACGAGGCCACAGACAGAAGGCACAGCGUUCAACUCUAGCGCGAAAUGGUCACGUCUAUGCUGGGGCUUCUCGUUCUGCCCGUAUGUCUUCAAUUGUGUGGAUUUUCCCGCGGUUCCCAGACAGAAUGUGAGCUGUCUCAGUUCCAGUGUGGGAACGGUCGGUGUAUUCCGUCUGUGUGGCAGUGUGAUGGUGACCAGGACUGCUCAGACGGGAGUGACGAAACGUCCUGCGUGAAGAAGACCUGUGCAGAGGUGGACUUUGUGUGUCGCAGUGGUCAGUGUGUCCCCAAGAGAUGGCAAUGUGAUGGUGAACCAGACUGUGAGGACGGCUCGGACGAAAGCAUUGAAAUGUGCCAUACAAGAACCUGUCGUGUUAAUGAGUUUGGUUGUGGCGUUGGCUCAACACAGUGCAUUCCGUUCUUCUGGAAGUGUGAUGGUGAGAAUGACUGCGACAAUGGCGAGGACGAAAUGAAUUGUGGUAACAUUACAUGCGCCCCUCUUGAGUUCACCUGUGCCAGUGGUCGCUGUGUCUCACGUAAAUUCGUCUGCAAUGGAGAGGAUGACUGCGGCGACGGCAGUGAUGAGCAGGACUGCGCCCCUUCCUCUUGCGGUCCAAGCGAAGUCCCGUGUGGCAACAUUACAUGCAUUCCUAGAAGCUGGUUAUGUGAUGAUGAUGUGGACUGCCAGGACCAAUCAGACGAGUCGCCGGAGCGUUGCGGCCACAACCCUACGCCACCGCCGGCGAAGUGCUCAUCUGGGGAGACGCAGUGUGGCUCUGGAGAAUGCAUCCACAGGAAGUGGCGCUGUGAUGGGGACUCGGACUGCAAGGAUGGCAGCGACGAGAAAAACUGCUCUGUUCGUACAUGCAGACCUGACCAGUUUAAGUGUGAUGACGGUAGCUGUAUCCAUGGCAGCCGGCAGUGCAAUGGCUUCCGAGAUUGUGUAGACGGCACGGAUGAAGUCAACUGCAAAAACAUGACUCAGUGUAGCGGUCCUGACAUGUUCAAGUGUCGCAGUGGCGAGUGCAUUGAAAUGAGUAAAGUGUGUAAUAAGGUCCGUGACUGUACUGAUUGGAGCGAUGAACCCAUCAAAGAGUGCAAUCUAAACGAAUGUCUGCUCAACAACGGAGGCUGCUCGCACAUUUGCAACGACCUUACGAUCAGCUAUGAGUGUGCCUGCACACCAGGACUCCAGCUCAUCGAUCGCAAGACCUGCGGAGAUGUCAAUGAAUGCCUCAACCCUGGCAUCUGUAGUCAAAUCUGUAUCAAUCUUAAAGGAGGCUACAAGUGUGAAUGUCAUAGUGGCUAUCAGAUGGACCCUACCACUGGAGUGUGCAAGGCUGUUGGUAAAGAGCCCUGUCUUAUCUUCACCAAUCGGAGAGACAUCCGUAAACUAGGGCUGGAGCGUCGUGAAUAUACUCAGAUUGUGGCGCAGCUUAGGAAUACUGUGGCUCUGGAUGCUGACUUCACUCAACAGAGGAUAUUCUGGGCUGACCUGGGACAGAAGGCCAUUUUCAGUACAUUAAUUGAUAAGCAGGAAGGUGUGGCAAGUCAUACCAAGGUGAUUGACAAUGUUCAGAUGCCUGUCGGGAUUGCAGUGGACUGGAUUUACAAAAACAUCUACUGGUCAGACCUGGGCAGUAAAAUUAUAGCGGUGGCCAACUUCAGUGGGACUAAGAGGAAGGUGCUGUUUGAAAAUGGCUUGAAGGAACCGGCCUCCAUUGCUGUAGAUCCUCUCUCAGGGUUCCUAUAUUGGUCAGACUGGGGUGAGCCAGCUAAGAUUGAGAAGUCUGGCAUGAAUGGGGCUCACAGACAGGUCCUGGUUGAGACGGACAUUCAGUGGCCCAAUGGAAUCACUCUUGAUCUGAUCAAAGGGAGACUCUACUGGGUGGACUCCAAGCUGCACAUGCUCUGUAGUGUAGAUCUGAAUGGAGACAACCGAAGGAAAGUGUUGCAGUCUCCAGAUUACUUGGCCCACCCUUUUGCCCUGACUGUUUUUGAGGAUCGAGUGUUCUGGACAGAUGGUGAGAAUGAGGCCAUCUAUGGUGCAAACAAGUUCACAGGAUCUGAUGUAACUAUGCUGGCCAGCAACCUCAAUGAACCCCAGGACAUCAUCGUGUACCAUGAGCUCAUUCAGCUCUCUGGGAUGAAUUGGUGUAACGAGAAGUCAGAAAAUGGAGGCUGCUCUUUCAUGUGUCUGCCAGCUCCACAAAUCAACAAACACUCCCCCAAAUACACCUGUGUGUGUCCGCAAGGACAAACACUCACCACAGAUGGCUUACGAUGCCGACCAGUAGAAGGAAACAUCAGUACAUCCAUACAUGAAGUGAAUUCAUCAACCAAAGGAUCUGCAGCAGCCUGGGCAAUUCUACCUGUGUUGUUGUUGGCAAUGGCAGCUGCGGGUGGUUAUUUGAUGUGGCGGAACUGGCAGACCAAAAACAAGAAGAGCAUGAACUUUGAUAAUCCAGUGUACCUGAAGACCACUGAGGAAGACCUCAAUAUCAACAUCAGUAGGCACACUGCCUCUGUUGGCCACACGUACCCUGCUAUUUCAGUGGUAAACACAGAAGAUGACUUGUCAUAACCAGAGCCCUCUUCAGCACUCCAGUUUAUUUACCAGACACUUGGCAACACAAUGGCAACUGCUGCCGUUUCUCACAACCAGAUGCCUUCUGAAGUGAAUUUCCAAGUUGUUGGGGUUGCUGGGGUUUUCUUUUUUUGUUUUGAGAAAGAGGAUAUCAUCCGUGCUCUCACUGAGCAUGCUCAAAGCAUCAAAGAAUUCUGAGGGAAUAUUUUACCUCUGUGUACACCAUAACGGUCCCAAAAUGAUUCUGCAGCCUUAUUUCCUUCCUACCAGGAUGUUGAUGGCAAAACUGGAAACCCAAAAUCCAUAUUUGAAGGUCACUUGUGUGUGGAUGUCUGAAAUAUUUAAAUACAUUUGUUUAGGCAGUAAUGUCUUUUAAGAUGUACGUUUCCCCCCUCAUGAUUGUUAUUUUCCAGAAACAUGUUCUUUAUGAAGGUGUAUUGUGUUUUUCUGGGAUAGAAGGAAGCUCUUUAGGGAAAAGUGCUGUUACAUCAUUUGUAAAACACUGUAUAUAUAUCCUCUUAAAAACAUAAUCAGGACUCCUCAAGCACUUUGAUGAAAUGGUUCUCUGUAAAUAAGAUUGUAUACAUUUGACUGAGACAAUUUUGCUAUGGUUGGGCACUGCACCAGGGUAGAAGAAAAUGUAUUUAAAAAAAAAAAAAAAAGGUUUGUUAAAAGUAUUUUGUAUGUUUGUGUGCUGUUCCUGUGACCUUUUAUAGUGGCAUACAGGGGAACAAAAUGCUCUGUAUUGUGAAAAGGAAAAAUUUGCAAACAUGAAAUUAAAUUAAAGUUUAAAUUAA